AUGAAUAUAGCAGACUCGUUUAAUAAAAUCGCAGGAGUUGCAGCUGAAAAUAAUGAAAUUUUGAAAAAACUCAUCACUUCUGGUAAAUAUUUGAUCGCGCCAUCUAAAUACGAUCGACUCGACAUCAAACAAGGCAGUGCGUUCGCUCAUCAGCCCAUAUUUGGAGCGUCUUCGAAUACUGGUCACCAAGGAAACUGGCUGAUUGACUCUCAUAGAAAUGUAACCACGCCGUGUCAAAGGCAAAGUGUCUCCCUUGGUGUGCAAGCAACGGGAACUAUGACGUCACCACCCUUUGUCAUCAGAAGUGCAACGUUGUCGUUUUUGAUUGGUGGGGGUUGCUUUGACAAUCACAAAGUUCGCAUGGAAAUCUUGGUUAAUGGAAGUGCUGUUGUUUUGAGAAGUGGAAAUUGUAAAUCACAGAUGCAAAGAACAAAGGUUGAUCUUCAAAACUGGGUUGGAAGAAUUGCACGGGUCAAACUAGUGGAUCAGAGUGCGGGAAACUGGGGCUACAUCACCUUUGACGACCUUAGAUAUGAGACUACCUGUGAAGGUAAUUUUCAACACCAUUAAAGACAUUACUUAACAUGUCUACAAUAGAUUACACUAUGUAUAUCUUUCGUGAGGCAACCGCCGUGUUCUAUUAGAAACUCAGCCGCCAAUCUGGCUUACUUCUCUAUCAUUUUCACGAUCUUUUGUGAUUUUAAAGCUCAAUUUCCGUCGCUUUCUCGGUUCCGGUCUACAUUCGUCCGCGGGCUCCUUUCCCAAACAGCGGCUGGUAAUCGAGUCUAACCUUGCUAUUAAAUUACCCUAAUCUGUAGAUUGGUGGUAUUGGUGUUAGAAAUAUGACAAUAUGUGUUUGACACUUCUAGGGCCUCACCAAGUCUUUAUAUCGUGCGGGCCGGUUUCAACCAUGUGUGAUUCUCGCAAAAGGAGAACUCUCCAGAUAAACUUUUAAUAGACCCAUUUCAGUAAUUCCCAAUCUGGACGACACAACAAUGGUUUUUCUCUCCCCUGAGAGAAACAGACCUUUCAAAUGCAAAACAACCUUACUGUUUUGUCCUCCAGAUUGGGAAUUAACUGAAAGGGGUCUAUUCCAGAAUUUAAGUAAAAAUUAUAAGCCUCCCCCGGUUUAAGGCCCAUCUACCUGUAAACCGAAAAAUAUAUCAGGUUAUAAGCCCCCCU